AUGUCUCUCCAAAACCUGCCACCUGAGAUUCAAUGCCGGAUAUUCUCCCACCUGGUCACUAAUGACGGACCGUCGCACAUCCAUGCGGUGCUGAAAACCUGCAAACGGCUUCGGGAUGUCGCUCUACCAUUCUCAGUGCAAAUCUUCAGGAACACGUCGACACCGUUUGACCCUGACUCCUCUGGUCAAGUCUCCAGUAGUCGUAACAUCCAGUUCUUGCGCUAUGUCUUGAUGACCAAACCCGAACUUGCCAAAAAUGUCAAAACUAUAAUUUUGGGCGGAUUCGAAUCACCAGGUGAUGAUGAGGAAAAAGAAGAAGAAGAAGAGCAGCAGCAGGAGGAGGAGGAGGGGGAGGAGGAGGAGGAGGGAGGGGAUGCGGGUAGUCAAGACGAGAUUGGCCAUGAGGACGAGAGCGAUCAAGAUGACGUGGCCAGUGGCCCAGCAAGUGAGAGCGGUGACCAAAACGAUGGACAAGGCGCUGAAAGAGACGGCGAAGAGAGUGAUGACGGGGAAGAAAUUUCGAAGAGCGACAAAGAAUGUCUGACAGAAGCUGAGCUGGCUUUAUUCAAGCAAAGAAUUGAUGAAGCUCUCACACCAGAAACGGACGACGAUUACGAAGAAGGGAGAGCACAAUGGUUUCGCGGUCUACAGGAGAAUAAUACUGAUGCCCAGGUCGCCUUGAUUCUCCUCGCCUGCCCAAACAUUGAGCGACUGUACUUUUCGGAGCCAGAGAGCCCGAAGAACUUUGUGCGGGUGUUGAAACUGGCUGGUAAGACUCAACAUGGUCAGACCAGGCCAUUAUCGAACCUGCGCCAGGCAUACCACGAAUCUGAAGAUGAUUCUUAUGGCUAUCUGUUGGUUUACGAACAUGCCAUUCCUCUGUUCCGUAUACCCUCUCUCCGAUCUUAUGAAUGCGUCCUAGCCAACGGAAGCGAUGAAGCUGGUGGUGCAUUUGGCGAUAUACCCCGGAGAUCAUCCUCAGUGGAAGAGAUAACGCUAUACAAAUCAUUCUGUACCCCGUUAUUUAUCAAUAACGUGUUUGGUGCUUGUAAGGCUCUCAGGUCAUUCGAGUUCACUCCGGCCGUCUCACAUGUCACGGACGAUCGGAUGAUGCCCCGAGACAUAAUGGAUGCCAUUUUGCCGCACGCAAACACCUUCGAGAAUAUUCAUAUCAACUUGGAAGAUGACCAGGAUAAGGCGUGGGCAGGCCCCAACGACAGGAUAUAUAUGGGCACUGACUUGCGCCGCAUGGUUGCACUCAAGAGACUUGUUGCCGGAAUGCAGUCUCUCACAGGUUUCCUGGAUGGGCUGCCUGACGAUAUAUGGGGUGACAGCCCGCCUCUGGAAGUCGAAGGAGCACCGAGACUCGUAGAAUGUCUCCCUGAUAAUCUCGAGCAUCUUGAGAUCCAUGGAUGUGGCAAGGCAAUACUGGAUCAGGCCGGCGAACUGCUCGGUGUGAUUGAGAGUGGCAGCCGGUUCAAGAACCUUCGGCGUGUACGAUUUCUCUUCAAUGCCGAAAAGAUUGACCCGGCAGAGGUCCAGCUAUCCUGCGACUCGCCAGAUGUCACCCUUGACGUCGUUUUCCAAUCACGGCACAACCGCAUUUACGAUGUAGGCCAAAGCGUACACACCGAAGAGUGUGAUGCAAGCAAUAUUUGUUCCCGUAUCUUUGCGGGGGACUUCAGGGAUCAAUGGCUACAGAUCCGGGGAGGAGACGUUGGUAGUGCAACGGUAAACCAAGGUGUCUAUCGGGCCCCGGGGAUCGAUAUUCCGCUCGACGAAGACGACGAAGACGAGGCUGGCUCCGAGGGAGAAGGUUCCGAUGCUGACAACGACAACGACGACGAAGACGAUGAGUGA